GCAAUGCUUUUUAGAUCACGUGAUAAAACACGGAAGUGAAAGCACUGCACACAAGGAAAAUGCCAGCUUACCAUUCCAAAUUCACUAACCCACCCAAGCUGGUGGGGAACAUGGCACUGUUACCACUAAGAACUUCAUACAAGGGACCUGCACCAAAAGACACUACAGACUUUGACAUCAUUGAUGAGGCCAUAUACUACUUCAAGGCAAACAUAUUCUUCAGAACAUAUGAAAUUAAGAGUGAAGCAGACAGGACACUUAUUUAUAUAACUUUAUAUAUCAGUGAAUGCUUAAAGAAAUUACAGAAGUGUAGCUCAAAGAAUAAUGGGACAAAAGAGAUGUACACAUUAGGAAUUGCCAAUUUUCCAAUCCCUGGAGAGAAUAGGUUUCCAUUGAAUGCCAUGUUCAUCAAACCAGCAGGUCGAGCCGAAGAAGAUACCAUGAGGGCAUACCUUCAGCAAAUUAGACAAGAAGUAGGAGUGAGGAUGUGUGAGAAAGUCUUUGAUCCUGCAACUGAUAAGCCUUCCAAGUGGUGGCUCUGUUUUGCAAAGAGAAAGUUCAUGGACAAAAGUUUAUCAGCACCAGGACAAUAAAAUGCAAUAUUUAGGAUAAAAAAAAUACCAUAUUUCAUCUAAUAACAAGUCAUUGUUUAAGGUCUUAGAACACCCAUCUCAGAAAAACAUUGUUUACAGCCACGUGAUAUUGUGAUAUGUUGAAAUAUACAUGUAUUUAUAUACUUGUCAGUAUAUAUAUUUCAUUGUCAACAUUAUAUUAUAGAUCAAAUCUUAAGUAACAAAUAUUCAUGUAAAAGAAGGAUUAAUUUUUUCUAACUUUUUACAUGCUGUUUCAUAUAAUUGCAUGUACAGAUUCCGUUCUUAAAGGAAUGGAGCCUUUACAUCUGUACAACCCUGUUUGUCAGAACUUAGGUGAGGAAGAUAAGUAUGGCUAACCUUUUGAACAAAUAUCAUGUUUUAAGAACUUUUGUGCUAAAAAUUUACUUUGUACUCUGUGUAUUUACACUAUCACUGUGUACCGGUACAUGUAUCAGGUAUUUCUCAGGUCACUUUGAUGUUCUGAUUUACUGGUCAACAACCCUAUUUGCAUCGAGUCCUGGAUCACACUCUUUGCAAAUAUUAUGGAAAGUAAGCCCAGAGCAUAUACUGACCAAUUUACAGCACUGGCUUUAUGUUGGAUACCUGAUAUAUGUAGUAGAGAGCAGGAAGAUAUUACAAGACUGUUAUGUAUUAGCCUUUUAUCAAACAUCUGCUUCCUUAAAAUUGAUUCCAUUCAUCAAAUCUCAGCUUCCUUAAAACUGAUUCCGUUCUUAAAGCAAUGGAGCCUUUACAUCUGUACAACCCCAUUUGUCAGAACUUAGGUGAGGACGGCAAGUAUGGCUAACCUUUUGAACAAAUGCUGAAAAAGCUGUGAACUUUUCCUAUGCAGCCUGCUGUGAUGUGGUUCAUUUCAAGUCAAACACCUCAUAUAUGUUGGUAUAUUGAGCUUAAUAAUUACUUUUAUGUAUUAGGUAUAACCAUAUUGGAAGUAGGAGAAAAUUUAAUUAGAACUAAAGAUGGAUUUGGAUGGGGAUUUUUUAGCAUUGCCUUACAUCGUUCAUAUGUAAAUUCCAUAAAUAUGUAAUGUUGCAGGAACAUAAAAUUAUGUUCUGAAUUUGUUACAUUAAUAAUGUAUAAUAAAAUUAUGUAUUAGUUUUGAAA